CCCUCCCUCUGGCCGCUGUGCAUUCUGGGGAAAGUCGUUGCCAUUCGACCUCUGCAGGGCCUGCGCGGACGCCGAGAGGAGACCCCUGAAAUUCAUUAUGCGUUUAAAACCAGUAUUUAUUUCCGCAUAACCUACAUACUCUAUCAAGGAGGCGAAAACAAAAUAAUAGAUUUAAAAAUAGAUACUUAGGAGACUAUAUGUUUAUAUAUUACUUUAUAGGGAAGUUGUAAAGAAAGUGUAGAUUCUAAUUUAUUAGGAAAUGUCAGGAGAAAGAAACCGCAGGUCGCUGGCUUUCCGAGGCGGUGGAUUAGCCGCAACCGGCUGCAGUGCCAGUGGCAUCAGCAGUAGUAACAGUAACAGCAACAGUAACAGCGGGGAGGCCCAGGUCUGGCAAGAACGACAUUUAAACGGGAACAGACCUGAACAGGACGAGAAAGGGGGGUUGGAAGAAAAAAGAUCUGCGCUGGAGGGAGUGGAAGACGGGGUUUCGAUCAGCGAUAGCACCGGGCCUGAGGCUGAAGAGGAAGAGGACGAGGACGCGGAAGGGGACAGCUGGGCAGCUGGGAAUGGGGUUGAUGCAGGGGUUGGCAUCAUAAGCGGUGAUAGCAGGGUGUCUUUAGAAGCUGGCGAUUAUGGUCAGGGGGAAGGGGGCAGCUGGGAAGCUGGGAAUGGCUUUGAUGAUGUGGACGGGUUUGGCGUAGGUAGCGGUAGCACAGUAUCAGGGGAGGAUGAUAGAGAAGGGGCUAGCGGGGUAGAUGGGGAAGAAACUGGCGGCAGGAAAUCGGGGUUAGAGAUGAAACCUCAGACCCUUCUCCAAAAACACUGUCUGUUUCAGGGCUCGUGGCUACAGGAGUUUCCCUGGCUACAUUUUUGUCAAGAGACAGGUCUCAUGUCCUGUUCUUGGUGUCACAGCACAGGGAACAGCUGUAAUGACGAGCUGGCCAAGGGAAGCCGGAAUUACAAAAGGGCCUUGCUUCUUCGACAUCACCUGUUCGCUGAUCAUAAGAAUAAUGAUCCGUCAAAACAGGAGUCAGAGAAAGGUGGUGAAUCAGUGGAUGAGGAAUAUGACAGUUACAGAACAAAGCCAAAUGAGAACUCUUACUGUUAUCAGCUACUUCAGGAACUGAAUGAACAGAGAAAAAAGGGCAUUCUUUGUGAUGUCAACAUCGUGGUGAGCGGGCAGGUUUUCAGAGCUCACAAAAACAUCCUGGUUGCUGGCAGCCGCUUCUUUAAGACACUCUAUUGCUUAACCAAGAAUGAGAGCUGUGACCAAACAACCAUCACCCACUUGGACAUUGCUGCUGUUCAGGGCUUUUCUGUUAUCUUAGACUUUCUGUAUUCUGGCAAUCUCCUACUCACAAGCCAAAAUGCCAUUGACGUGAUGUCAGUAGCCAGCUACCUCCAGAUGACAGAAGUUGUCCAAUCUUGCCGUGCUUUUAUAAAGGACGCGUUAAAUAUCAGUAUCAAGUCUGAAGCGCCUGACUCUGUAGUGGUUGACUACAACAGGAGAAGGGCAAUCAAUAAAGAUGGCAAGGGAUCAGAGAAGAAGCCCAGCAACUUCUGGGCGACUAGCAUUCUGUCCAAACUGUCAAUCAAAGCAAGCAGCCACAUGGAGGAUCCUAGUGACCUAGAGGAGUCUAUCAAUGAAAACUCUGGCUGGGCCAAUGACAACUCCUCGGAGUCUGCUGAAAAUGAGCCUCAGGGGCAUGGGACUGUGUUUGUCUGGAAUGAAACGGCCACCCAUACACCCCGGAAAGAGAUAAAGCAAGAACCUGGCAGUGGCCGGAGGAAAAAUCAAGCCACUAGGCGAUUUGUUUACAAUAUUCCACCCGAACCUGAGGAAGGCUUUGAGGAGUUCAUGCUUGUACAGCCAUCUGCAUCCUACUCCAAAGAUGAUCUUCAGUUCUUAUCAGAGAAUGCAGAAUUAACAAACCAGAUCCAGUACAGCUUGUUACAAGAAACACAGCCUCGAGAAAUUAAAAAUGAAAGAUUCAACUGGGAAAACGAUGAAUCUUCAGCUUCAGCUGUAAACAAGUUGAAAUGUCCUCACUGUAAUUACAUCGCCAAACACAGACGAACACUAAAGAGGCAUCUGAUCAUACAUUCAGGAGUGCGUUCUUUUAGUUGUGACAUAUGCGGAAAACUGUUCACCCGACGAGAACACGUGAAGAGACAUUCCCUGGUACACAAGAAGGACAAAAAAUACAAAUGCAUGGUUUGUAAGAAGAUCUUUAUGCUAGCAGCCAGUGUUGGGAUCAGGCAUGGGUCUCGGCGGUAUGGAGUGUGUGUAGACUGUGCAGACUCGCAUCAAGGUUCACAAGAGGGGUUGGACCAGAUGCAGGAUCUAGAGUUCUCCAGAGAAGAUGACUAUGAGGAAAUUGAGGGGGGUGAGGAAGACCUUGGGGAUGAAGGCGAAGAGCAGAUUGAGAACGACCAGUCUCCCUGGGACAAAGCUGAUGCCAGCAACAUGUCUGUAAAUUUCGAUGAUAAAAGUGCUAACACUGAUCAUGGUUAUAUUUUCAAGACAAGCUUUGAGGGAGAUUUGUUGAACAAAGGGCCUUCAAAAUAGAUACACAGGAUUAGGAGUUGGACACUGGAAUCGUGGGCCCACUGGAGAAAGAGGAAAGAAAAGAAAAUGAGUUUGAAAAAUCAGGAUUUUGGUGAUGUAAUUAAUUUGAAUAGGGUGUAUACAAGCAUUUUUAAUUCAUAAGCCAAUCAUCUUAAAAAUAAAAACAUAAUUGUUCUAUUUAUUUUUUAAAAUUACAGAUAUUAUGGACUUAUUAAACAUAUUUUUUCUUUAAUGUUUGAUGUUUUUUAAAGUUUUCAUCCAAAAAAAAACCUCCCUUGCUACAUGUCACCUGUUGAAUAUCAUUUGCAAAUUAAAAAUAUAUUGUAUUUUUAGGGCAAAUGCUUUUAGUAUUACUGGUGCACAAAGAACUCCCAAUAUUGUAUUUUUGUCCCCUGUAAGAUGAAGACUUCUUAUAGACUUUUUAUACAUUGUUCUGUAUUAAUUUUGGACCCAAAAAUCAAUUUGUGGCUUUUUAGUGUAUCAUGGCCCUAUGUAUGUUUGAUUUAUGUAAGCUGUUUAAAUUGAGCUAAACAUAAUCAACAUCAACAUUUCCUAUAUACAGUGCUCACCCGUUAUAACAUGCCCAGUUAUAGUGUGGAAUCAGUUAUAACAUGGUAGUGCCGUGGCUCCGUUACAGUAGCCCUUUUAUACUCGUCAUAAGGCGAAACACAAAUAGCACGGUCUUCUAACUAUGGCUCGCCGCUAUAGCAUUAUAAAGGGUGAGCAUCGCGAUGCCAAAAAUUCACUUUACCCAAAGCCAAUCUGAAAAAGAUCCAAUACCAGAAGAUCUGACCAUCCAUUCAAGUCAAAGUGAGACUACUUUGAAUUACCAAUAUGAGUUUGAAUUAUUCUCGGAUUAGACCCAAAUGUGUCAAACUAGGCUACUUUGAAAAAAAUAAAAAACAUUAAUGCAAUAAUUAUUUCAUUGCAUGGCUAUGCUUUUAAAUAAAAUUACCAAACCAUGUGAUUUUAUUUUUGUAUUUAUUUAUAUUGUAUGAAACCAAAGACAUUAUGAAGAGAAAUUAAACCUAACUUACUUUAAGAAAGGGAUGUACUGCAUUGUAUUUCGUAUGUUCAUCCACAACUUUGAACACUCAAUUAUAAAUCUUACCUAAAACUAUAACAACAAAAUAGCUUUGUACAAUUCUACCCAAAAAUUAAUGCGGUAGCCUAAUAAAUAAAUUGCAGACCUAUGCUUUUAAAUAAAAUGAUCAAACCAUCAGAUCUAUUUAUUUACUUCAAAAGUACAAAAGCUGAUCUUCAGAUCUGCUUCGGGUAAAGUGAAUUUUCGAUAUCAUGAUGGGGUCGUUCGCAACACAAGUCGAUCAUGAAAAGAUUUCGGAGUUCUGAAAAUGUUAAUUAACCCCAACCUAAUGGGUCAUAUUUUGGCUUGGGGUCCUAACACACACACAUAUUAUAUGAGAGAGAUGGGCUGUCGAUUUAAUCAGCGAUUUAACACGUACAUUUUUUGGGAGAUUACAUUUUUUAAUGCACGUUAAAUGCGCUCCUGUCUUGUCCCCCUUAGCAUACCUCAUUUCCUGCGGCACCAUUUUAAAACACUCGAGUGCAUGCCAGGAUUGAAUGAGUGUAGUCAUCGUUUCAAUGUAAAAUUAUUCACAGAACCUCUUAUGUAGCAAACCACUCAAACUGAAGGACAAAGCUUUUUUUUUUUUUUAGAAAGAGGGUUACUUGUAUCUACUGUCAAAGUGAGUUCCAGUAUCACAUAAGUACAUCUAGUCUGCUGUACCACCUGUGUGCUAAACACGCUUUCACUUCUCAAAAUAUACUUUCUAGGAGUUCUUCUGCUAGAGACAACAACAAAUGAAAUCUUUCAGUUUCGACAGAGUACUUUUACAAAUUCAGGAUCGCUGCAAACCCAUGAAUCAAGCUAAGUACGAUACUACAACCAGUGCUGUUGGAUAGCUGCCGACUGCAGAUCCAUUAACAUUGUAGCUUUGUUUUAUUUCAAUAACCACAUUUAUUUUAAACAAUAUUAUUUACAAUUAUGGAGGAUAUAACCGUUACUCUAUGAAUGUUUGUUUUAUUUUAUUUAGGCAAUUACAAGUUAUUAAUAAAAGAUCAUUUUAAAUAUUAUUAUUAUUAUCAUUAUUAUUAUUUAUCAUCAUCAGUUUAUGAAAAACAUCAGUUCAUGAGUAAAGGAAACUGAUCAGUGUAAAUGCAGUAAGGUGAGUAAUAAACUGACUCCAUUGUUAUUUAGCAGUUUGUUCAAAGAAUUUAAUAACAAAUGCUGGAUUGUAAACAAAUAUAAAUAGAAAAACAGUUUUUAUGCUGGGUUGUUUUUGGAUGAUAAUGAUGAUAAUAAUAGCAUCACUAAUAAAACAAACUUGAAUGAGAUGGAUGCAGUAAUUGUAUCAAUUAAAUAUGCGAUUAAAACCAAGAAUGUUUUUUUUGAA